CGCGGGGUCAUAUCAGCAGGCACAAUGAUGAAUCGGCUUGUCUUUGAGAGAGCUACGCUGAGUUAGUACAUAAUAGAAGAUUAAAAGAGGAGCAUCAUGCUUCGUUUAAGCACCCGCGGCAGAUUCGUUGUCUGCGACAAUCUCGAAAAAUGUCUCAAAAUUUUAGGAAGCGGCCGUGAUAUAGCCUGCAGCGCGGCUAUAUUGUCAAAGGUCAGGGAGGGAUGGGGUGAUGAUUCGACGUUGCGUUCGAAUUGUUUGAUCGAUGCCACGGUACUUCGUACGGUCGCGAUUCAGAAGCAAAAUCAUCGGCUGUCGUCAACAUCGACUAUUAACGAAGCUCGGAAAACCUGUCUUUACGAUCUUCACGUGGAAAAACAAGGUAAGAUCGUCAAUUUUGCCGGAUGGCUAAUGCCAGUACAAUAUCAAGAUACGAUCACCUUGUCUCACCUACAUACCAGAUCGUCGGCGUCGCUUUUCGACGUCGGUCACAUGCUACAAACACGCGUCUCCGGUAAAGACGCCGGAGAGUAUUUAGAAUCGUUAACCACGUGUGACCUGAAAAAUUUAAACAAGGGCGCUGCAACUUUGACAGUCUUUACGAACGACAAAGGAGGAAUUCUCGACGAUCUUAUCAUCACCAAGGAUGACGAAGACAAAUACUUUCUCGUGUCUAAUGCGGGAAGGCGUAAUGAAGACACUCGGCUUCUUCUGGAGCGUCAGAAAGACUUUAAAGAAGUUGGUAAAAAUGUAAACGUCGAUUUUUUAGACCCUUUGGAGCAAGGUUUGAUAGCUCUUCAAGGCCCUAGAGCGGCAAUAGUUCUUCAAUCGUUAGUCAAUUUCGAUCUUCAGACUUUAAAGUUUAUGCAAAGCGUCGAAACCGAGGUGUUAGGCAAUCAUACCAGAAUUACACGAUGUGGAUACACCGGAGAGGACGGUUUUGAGAUUUCGGUGUCUGCGAAAGACGCUAUUAAUCUAGUAGAAAAGAUCUUGGAAAACCCUGACGUAAAAUUGGCUGGUUUAGGAGCCAGAGAUAGUUUAAGAUUGGAAGCAGGACUCUGUCUAUACGGUAACGACAUCAAUGAGGAUACCACACCCAUCGAAGCUGCUCUUACCUGGCUAGUAGCGAAACGACGAAGGGCCGAAGCCAAUUUUCCAGGCGCGCGACAAAUCCUUUCGCAAAUUAAGACAGGCGUUACGAAGAAGCGUGUCGGACUCUUACUAGGUCAAGGACCACCUGCCAGACAAGAAGCAACGAUAUUGACGCCGGAAGGUGAACGUGUGGGCAGCGUUACUUCCGGUGGACCGAGUCCGACCUUGGGCCGGCCGAUCGCCAUGGGAUACUUACCGCCGGAUUGGGCACACAACGGUGGCGGAGUGUUGAUCGAGAUUCGGGGAAAGACUUACAAGGCUACCGUGUCGAAGAUGCCCUUCGUCAAGUCGAAUUAUUACACGGCGAAAUAAUGCGUUAAUUUAGCGAGGAAAUUGAUUGGCACGGGCAGAAUUACAAUGCUAAAUAAUUAAUUGUCAACGGUAAAUUGUUCAUAAAAUUAAAGAAUAUGUAAUAGAUUUUCAAAUAAGUAAAUUGCGCAAUUGUACAUAAAUUAUAUUUUAUAUUUUAAAA